AUGGACCACGCCGCCGCGUACCCCGCGUUCCGGUCAGCCUCCCUCCCCAGCCACACCGCGCUCGCGCUCUCGACCACGCCCGACUCAGGCGUCUUCCGCCGCGACUCUGAUUGCAUGCUCAGCGAGGGCCCGAUCACCCCGCCGCUCUCCCCCACACGCAGCGAAGACGGCGAAUCGGGCAUCAUCGUGGACGCCGAGCCCCGCUACAGCGGCCCCGGACGCCCACUUGAAUCGUCGGGUGACGGGAUGGACGUAGAUCCGCGCCCGUCGGCGAGCUCCCCGCGGCCGCCGCAGAGGCACUUAGAAGACGAGCAGUCGCACUUGGAGAAGGGUUCCCUGAAGUUGACGGACUUUGAGGUGAAGGGCACCCUCGGUACGGGAACCUUUGGGCGCGUGCUGCUAGUUCGGCUCCGGGGCUCCUCAUCACAAUCGGCCACCAACUGCUUCGCCUUGAAGGUGUUGCGCAAAACGGAAAUCAUGCGACUGCGCCAAGUCGAGCAUGUAAACGCGGAACGGUAUAUCCUAUCACGUGUCCGCCAUCCCUUCAUCGUCGAUCUCUACGCGACGUUCCAGGACAGCAUGAACGUCUACAUGCUGAUGUCCUACGUUCCUGGGGGCGAACUGUUCACCCACCUCCGGCGCGCCAAACGGUUUACCGCGGACGUUACUCGUUUUUAUCUGGCGACCAUCAUCCUAGCGCUGAAAUACCUCCACUCCUUCAACAUCAUCUACCGUGACUUGAAGCCGGAAAACCUCCUCCUAGACUCCCGCGGAUAUCUGAGACUCACCGACUUCGGCUUCGCCAAAAUAGUCGACGACCGUACGUGGACGUUGUGCGGCACACCAGAAUACCUAGCGCCGGAGAUUAUCCAGUCGGACGGUCACGGAAAAGCCGCCGACUGGUGGGCGUGCGGAAUCCUGUGCUACGAGAUGCUCGUCGGCUACCCGCCUUUCUUUGACGAGACUGCGUAUGGGAUAUACGAGAAGAUCCUGAAGGGGAAGAUUUACUGGCCGAGCCAGGUCGACCCGCUUUCAAAGGAUAUCAUCAAGGCGUUCCUGCACCCGGACCGUAGCAAGCGGCUAGGCAACCUGAUCGGAGGCACCCAGGACGUGCUAGACCACCCAUGGUUCCGUGGGGUAGACUGGGACGCGCUCGAACGGCGUGAAAUCCGGGCUCCCAUCAUUCCGCACGUCGCGUCCGUUGACGACACGCGCAAUUUCUCCCAUCUGCCGCUUCCCCCGGCCGACGAGAUACCCGGUCUCAUUCGCGAAGAGAGCCCGCCCUCCCUCCGGCAGCGGUUCGACUCCGUUGCCUACCAAUUCCUAGAGUUCUAG